AUGAUAUCCGACAAGCUGUACCAGUUUGCCGUGAGCGACAAGAGUGUCAGCUCGGAACUAGCCGAGAACCCUAAUCAGUCUCCCGGCGAGAUUGUUAGCAGGCUGUUCAAACACAAGCAAGAAGCAGCAGCCGAGACCUCGCAACAGCCAACACACGAACAAAGCGACGAGGCAGACCUGCAGCGGGCAUUGGAAUGCGGAAACUGGGGAGGUCAGCGGCCGAGUAAUCUCUUUUUGAAGUGUUAUUACAAUGCUUUGCGCGCACUCGAAAACCAGCCUUUAGCUGGAUUGGUAUCGCCCAGUCUGAUGGGCACUCAUGGUGUUGUCCCAUUGACCAUCAUUUCGACACUACCAGACAUUAACCGACAUACCGCAAACUGCAUUGUACGAGCCGAGAAAGAAGUCUUCUUGGCCACCAACUUCUGGAUUCACUCUGAUGCUUCUAUUAUUAUCACCAAUGCGCUGCGUGAGUUAUCCAAACGAGCAGGAGAACGAGGCGAUAAAGUUGUCGUUAAGAUCAUUUAUGAUCGCGGCAGUGUAAAACAGCUCUAUGAAAAUCAUCAACACGUAUCACCAAAAGAGUACACUGGCGACAAAAUUCAACUUCCCGCGCCAGAGGACGUUCCAAAUCUACACAUGGAAGUCGUCAAUUAUCAUCGCCCGGUACUGGGCACAUUCCACGCCAAGCUAUGUGUGAUUGACCGCAAGAUUGGGCUACUUCAAAGCAACAACGUUCAAGACAACGACAACCUCGAAAUGAUGGUACAUCUAGAAGGCCCCAUUGUGGAUGCCAUGUACGACACGCUUCUUAUAUCCUGGCAUAAGCAUCUCGACCCGGCAUUGCCGAUGAUUGGAAACCCUGCAGCUAAACAGCCGAUUCCUACCCAUGACAACUUGGCUAGCAAAGCGGAAUUGACAGAUGCGGCUGCGUCCGGCUCCCACCAGAAACAGAUGGAGAUCCUACCGGAAUCUACGAGCUCAGAGCCACACUAUGACCAGACUUUCGCCGAGGAAGCGAAGAGGGUGAACAGCCAGCUUGAAGCCAGACCAGACGAGACUAGAAGAGACGCCGCCACGCGUCAUCUCAACAAGAGAACUCUGGAUCAUAACCAACAGGCAUUGGCAGCGAAAAGUCUUCCUCAUCCCGACGGACCAGAAAUCACCGAGGAAGACAAGAUGACUCCUUAUAUCGUUUUGCCAAAGCASGAGCCAGUCCCAAUGGCCUUGGUAAACCGAGAACCAAAUGGCUCUCCCGGCAACUCAAACUACCCGGUACCGCAAAAUGCAGCGUGGCUGGCCGCAAUCAACAACGCCGAGAGGACAGUCUUUGUUCAAACGCCGAACCUGAAUGCUGAACCAUUGCUAGAGCCGUUGCUGAAUGCCGUUAGACGAGGAGUGAUCGUGACUGCAUACGUGACACUCGGCUACAAUGAUGCUGGAGAACUACUUCCCGGCCAGAACGGUACCAACGAGAUGACUGCUCAUCGUCUAUACUCCUCUCUCACCAGCGAGGAGAAAUCUAGACUCCGGAUCCACAACUACGUUGCUAAAGAUCGCAGAUCGCCUGUACACAACAAAUUCAAAUACCGCAGCAGCCAUGUCAAGUUGAUGAUUGUUGAUGAGACCGUGGCCAUUCAAGGAAACGGCAACCUUGACACACAAUCCUUCUUCCACUCAACCGAAAUCAACGUGAUGAUCGACUCACCAUUGAUCUGCAAAAUAUGGCGCGAAGCUAUCGAGCGCAACCAGAACACAUCACAGUUCGGUCUCGUCAGCUCUGAAGACGGUUGUUGGCACGAUCCCGAAACAGGCGCAAUUGCUGAAGGCACAAUAGGCCCGGACCCUGGUAAGUUCAGUUGGGCCAAAGGUAUUGUUGGAGCCGUUCAGCGUGUUCGUGGUGCUGGUGGUUUCUAG